UUAACCUCAUCAGUAAUCCUACAUAGAGGAUCGUGUAGACUUGCUAGUAAAAGAAACAAUAAAUAAUCGUUUGUUGUUUGUUGCCGAAGAAAAAAAAGAGUGAGAAAACAAAAUUGAGGAAGAAGAAGAAGAAGAAGAAAGCAUUAGAGAGAGUCUCAAAGGUAAAGCUUACAACACGCAACCUUAUGGAUUCAUGUCGUCUCUGUCUCUGUAUCUUCUUCUUCUUGCUGUAGAAGAGUUACCGCGUGCGUGAUUGAAACCCUACGAUCAAGAUCCAUCAGAUCACCUAUAUUGAUAAAAAUGGAUGAAUCGGUGGCUUCAUCUUCGUCUCACUAUAUCUCAAUUUUCACAAAUUUUCCUCUCAUCUCCGCCGUCUUAGCUUUCACCAUCGCACAAUUCAUCAAAUUCUUCACCUCCUGGUAUAAGGAAAGGAGAUGGGAUUUGAAAAGGCUUGUUGGGUCUGGAGGUAUGCCUUCUUCACAUUCAGCAACAGUUACAGCUUUAGCUUUAGCUGUUGGUUUACAAGAAGGCUUUGGAGGUUCACAUUUCGCUAUCGCUUUGGUUCUCACUUCCAUUGUGAUGUAUGAUGCAACUGGUGUAAGAUUACAUGCUGGACGCCAAGCUGAGGUUCUGAAUCAGAUUGUGUACGAACUUCCUGCAGAGCAUCCUCUGGCUGAAAGCAUACCUUUGCGUGAACUUCUAGGUCAUACUCCUCCUCAGGUCGUUGCUGGUGGAAUGCUUGGGAUUUCUACAGCAGUUGUUGGGUACUUAGUCACCUUGAUAGGCAAGUCAGCUUAGGUGCAGCAAUGUCUCGCCUUUUAUGCUCCAUAUAUAGUGUGUCAAAGCCACUGGUAGGUAGUGUUGAAGCAGCCAUGACGUGCAAAUGGACUCUGGAAACUAGGUUUCAUUGGCCGUAGUUUAUUUCUUCUUUUUUUAUUUUUUGUUGCUCAGCUCGUAUGAUUGACACCAUAGUAUAGGUUUGAUCUUGUAAGAAAACAAUGAAACUUCAUUGCAAAAAGCUUUAUCUCUAUGAAAAGCACAGCUAGUGCUGAUUUCCUCUGUUUAUUUUAAA